GCUGCGUCGGCUGCAAUAUCUGGCGGCAGAUUCCCGAUCUGCUUGCGCUGCGCGACGGCGCGUCGACAAAGUGGACAUUGGGCGCCGGCCCUGUUUCGACGGCGCUGAACCUCGCCAAGAUCACGAGAGAUAUUGUCGCGAAGCCGCUGGCACAGGAGGCCACGCAG